AUGGAGAGGAAGAAGAUGAUGAUUUCGCUUCUCUUGUGGGUUCUGUCUGCUACCCAUUUCUGCUUGGUCACAAGCAGAAAUCUUGCUGAGGUUGAAGAGCAGAAGAACAACUACGGCAAUGAUCCCCAUGCAUGGAGCUCGCCAAGUCAUUCCCAUGACAGCCCGUUAUGUCAAACUCCUCCUAGCUCUGGCACAACUCCAUCCCACGGCGGUGGAAUCCAUUAUUCUCCUCCAACGACGCCGUCUCAUGGCGGUGGAAUCCAUUACUCUCCGCCUACCACCCCAUCCCACGGGGGCUCCGGCGGUGGCGGUGGAGGUGGCGGCGGCUGUAACUGCAACACUCCACCCUACAUUACUCCUACUCCUUCCCUCCCUGAGAAUCCACCAAGCCCAACCACACCAAUCUCUCAAACUCCACCAACUCCUCUAGUUCCCCUCACUCCCCCCUCCCCCACCAAUCCAUCUCCUCUAAUCCCGGACCCGAACCACCCACCCUUCUCAUGCAACUACUGGUUCACUCACCCAACCGCCAUUUGGGUUCUCUUCGGCUAUUGGGGAACAAUAGGCCAAGUCUUUGGCACGUCACCGGCAGCCGGCAUCCUCUUCGGAAGAAACCUCAGCGUACUUGAAGCUUUGGGAAACACUCGUGAAGAUGGCUAUGGAGCCCUACUGCGUGAAGGAACAGCUUCGCUUCUUAACUCAAUGGCGAGUAAAAACUUUAAUUUUAACACUCAGCAGGUCAGGGAAGCCUUCAAUACAGCCAUUCAAUCGGAGAAGAUGGCCGCAGAGCAGGGAAAGAUCUUCCAGAAGGCUAACGAAGGCCAUUUGAAGCACUGA